GGCUCGAGAAGGCGCCGCUCGCUCACUCGGGCAGCAACUGGAAAAGUUUCCAGUCUCGUCGCGCCGACGGAGAACAACCUUUUGAUAUGGGCAUCAGGACGGUCGUGUUGCUGCUCGCCCUGGCAUGCUGCGGCGUCUGGGCCGAUCCGUGUCCGGCAGGUCGGACGGGUCAGGACUGCGCCACCGAGUGCAAUGAAGGGUUUUUCGGACAGGACUGCGCUUCCGAGUGCAACUGCGUGCAUGGAACGUGCGACCUGGUCACUGGGCAGUGUUCGUGCAAAAAAGGCUGGGAAGGAGUGAGUUGCGAGCAUCCGUGCGGCCCCCAUUUUUACGGCGCCGACUGCGACAACGGGUGUCCCGCUUGCGAAAACGGCGGCGCCUGCAACCCGAUCAACGGCACAUGUCUCUGUCCCAACGGCUACCUGGGCGACCUUUGCCAGGACGCGUGUCCUGCGAAGCGGUUUGGAAGACAGUGCCGACAGUACUGCAACUGCGAGUGGGCAAACACCGAGAGCUGCGACCACAGGACUGGACACUGUAACUGCAAACCAGGCUUCCAUGGAUUCACGUGCGAGACCUCGUGUAAGAUUGGCAAGACCAGCACCAACUGCAACUCGAACUGCCCUUGUACCCGCGGCGCGUCUUGCACUAAGUCGUACUUUUCUCGCAGGGCCAAGUGCAAGUGCCCUGCUGGCAAGAAGGGCGAGACCUGCGACGCCGUGUGCGAUAACGGAAGAUUUGGUUACGGCUGCAAGGAAUUCUGCCCCAAACACAAAGGAGUGAUCGGCAGUUGCGACGCUGAGACUGGCGAGAUCACGUGCGCGCCGGGCUACUCGGGCCCUUUUUGUGUGCAUCCCUGUCCCAGCGGCACGUAUGGAGGGAACUGUGAGAACACCUGCGAGUGCCAGAAUGGAGAAUGCCAUCAUGUUACAGGCGAGUGCAUUUGUCUGCCAGGCUGGGAGGGUGGCGACUGUUCUACCCCCUGCCCUGCCGGUCGUUUCGGACUGCGGUGCAGCCAGCGUUGUGCGUGUCAGGACGUGACCCAGUGCGACCCUGCGACUGGCAAUUGUCGCUGUCCGGCGGGGAAAAUGGGCCUCACAUGCGAGGAGGAUUGUCCCGCAGGUCGCUGGGGCGCCGACUGCGCCUUCGAGUGUGGCUGCAGCAACGGCGCCGAAUGCAGCGCCACAGACGGCCACUGCUCGUGCGGCCACGGCUACACAGGCCACCGCUGCGAGCACCUCUGUCCUGAAGGCCACUUCGGGAAAAACUGUUCCGAAGAAUGCGUUUGCCUGAAUGGCGGCGACUGUGACGCCGUCAGCGGCGCCUGCACCUGUCCAGCAGGGUGGCACGGAGCAGACUGCUCGGAAAAGUGUCCUGAGGGGACCUACGGUGACGGAUGCACUUUGUCCUGUCUUUGUGAAAAUGAUGCCGAGUGUGAUAAUGUGGACGGCGUAUGUAAUUGCAAGGCAGGCUGGACGGGACGCUUCUGCAACGAAAUUUGUCCCAACGGCACUUGGGGCCUGGACUGCGCCAAUGAGUGCGAGCUGAACUGCACCAGCAACGGGUUCUGCUCCUCUGAGAACGGAUCCUGCGUCUGUGAACCUGGAUUUGGAGGCGAGCUUUGCGAGCUGGCAGUGGAAUAUCUACCUUCGAACGAAGAUGUGACCGACGGCGGUUCCUCGUCGACUGGUCUGGCAAUUUUCAUGUUGAUGGCAGUAAUUGUCGUUGGAAUUGCGAUCGGCGCUUAUUUUUUCUUGCGCAGAAGAAGAGAGUUGCGUGUCAGCGAAGGCUACAACAAAACUGCUACAAGUGAAGUUGCGAAUGGAGCUAUUUGAAUAAAUGUGCGUGUUGAAAUUUUGAAAAGUGAAUGACAAAAAAAGGAGUUGCAAGUUUACCAGUUUUGUACAAAUUUAGUUUUUAGUUUUAAGCUCUCAAAAUAUUUUUUAGUGUAUUGCAAUUGAAAAAAAUUGAUCUAAUAACUUGAACCUUGAACUUUAUAAAUUUUUCCUGCUGAUUUGUAUCGUUUAUCAGUUUGGAAAAGCUCAAAAAGGUUGUUUGGAUAGAAUUAUUUCAAAAAAUUUUGUGCCAAAAUGUACAUAAAUGUUGUGAAUAAAACCAUAAAAAUAAUACUAUUAAACU